GACCUCCACUGGUUAUCGUUCGCAGUAGAUGUCCCGACCCCAAUGCAGGGAGAGGGGUCAGGGUUGUCACCGGCAGCGCAAACGCUUACCUGCUGCUCCGCACCUCAUGCAGAUGUGGACGACCAAGAGAACCUUGUGUGUACGAACUGCGGUCACGUCCUUGCGCAAGUCCCGUUGGUCCAAAACGACAGCUUUCAAGUGUUCACAAAGGAUGGGAUUGCAGGCAUUACGGUCAGAAAGGGUCAGUCCCAUGCAUUAAGGCAGCUGGAGCACUACAAGAAGAAUAGCAAGGAGCUCGAUUUUGAAAGAGCCCUACAAAAUUAUCUUCACGAACUUAAACUGUCCGCAUACGCUGAGCGAAUUUCCACCUUGUUUUGGAGUAUGAAAACCCGCCUCGGUAUACGCUUCGGGAUGGCUUCGUUGUCGCUCUUGGGGGCAUGUAUUUGCGUUGUCAGCCGAGACUUACAGCUUCCAUUGACUUUAAAUACUGUGGCUCAUGUGUUGGAUGUCCCCAAUGCAAGUAUAGGUGCAUCGAUAAAAAAAAUGAAAGCUGUGAAUGACUUCCACUCCCCUACGCUACCUAGCGUUGAAAUAUACGUCCCCAAAGUAUGCGAAGCGAUGGCUCCGAACAACAGUGAACUUGCGAAUAGCUAUCGAGAUGACACUCUCUCCCUACUGCGCUUUGCCAAGUGCAGCGGGUUAGACCAAGGAAGGACACCAGCUAGCACAGUCGCAGCGGCGGGGUGUCUAGCGUACGAAGCUGUACUGCGGCGAAAAGCGCCGCCAUCUGUAUAUCAGUCCGCCGCUUCUUCUGUGGAUAUAAGCGAAAAAACCCUACACAGAAGAUAUCGAGAACUCGUGGAGUUACUCAUAAAAUGUGGGAAAAGCUUUCCUUUCUUUGAAGACCUAAGAAUGGAAACACUUCACAGGUCAUUGAGAGACUUGAUAAGCCAUGUUGUCUUGAAAGAAACCUAUGAGCUUCCACCUUCAUCAAGAGAGUCUGUAAUUUCGGGUAAAUUGAACGAGGUCAUGAACCCACCCUCCUUCUGUGAGAGCCUGCAUAAGCGAACAGAUUUGCAGCAACAUAUCGAAAAGGCAAAAGUACGCGUGCAUCGCUUAUUUGCCGGCGAGGAGGUAGACGUAGGCGAGAACGGGGAUUCAGAUGACAGUGCCACGGAAGAUACCCCUGAUAAAAAUGGCCUAGACAGGAAGAUCGAGCAACUUCUUCUGGAUGGAUAUACAGAAUCCCAAAUCCUUGACAUGCACAACAAGCUACCAAAAAUCACACCGCGUCCGGGCAAUCUCGGCGAAGGCGACGAUUGCUCCCUCACGACGCGAAGAAGUAAAAAGCGCCGGAUAGCUUCUUAUCACUCUUGAUAAUUAAGCCAAGGUUCAACUCAGAGGCAAUUACUAUGUAUAUACAUCCCUUCUUUUAUGUUAGUAAAUAUUGACCAUUCGGGUCCUGUUCAUACUUUCUAUCAUGAACAUAUCUCUUUCACUGCUGUAUGUUCUCCAUGCCUUUCAAUGGAGACUCCAUCGUGCUCUUUCUGUUUCCAAGACGGCUCUUCGUGCGAGGCAGUUUACUUCCUGCCCUUGGCGUACCAAAUACAUUCAUGUCUGCCCUG